AUGGAAAAAUUGAAGGGUGAAAGUGAUUACAUAGAAAUACUUGAAGAAAUACUGUUACAGUAUUUUACAGAUCCCAUUCAAGCAAUUGUAGAAAACACGUAUCCCUCAUUCUCAAGUAUCCUUGAUGAUCCGUCUUACUUACAAAAUAGGGCGAUAUUGGCACCAACCAUUGGCGUGGUACAUUCUAUAAAUGAAUAUAUGAGUUCUUUAAACACGUAUGAAGGAAGUACAUAUUUGAGCUGUGAUAGUACUUGCAAAUCAGAUUCUAAUGUUGAAAUGUUAGCUGAUGUUCACACUCCAGAAGUUUUGAAUGGGAUCAAGUGUUUAGGUGUAGCCAAUCACGAAUUGACAUUGAAAGUUGGCACUCCGGUUAUGCUCUUAUGA